AGUAAGUGCCGUCCAGCAUCCGCAUUCCUCCUUUCUGCCACUCUUGCCAUCGAGUGAUGGUGUGUCCAGCUCGAUCUGACCAGGUAUCGCAUUCAAUGCGCCAACACAGGCCAUGCACCUCACAGUAGCGCAUUGCCAGUUCCUUGGUCGCAAAGGAUCGCCUCCCAUAGCGCGAGCAUGUUCAUCGGCUUGUCACUCACAGAGUCCUAAGGCGAUGCCAAUGACACUUGUUAAUGAUGCACAUAGAUACAUCUCAGACGAGGAAGACGGAGAGGAAGAAGGCGACGACGACGAUGAGGAGUACGACGAAGAAGCUGAUCCAGAGGAAGAGGGAACCAAUGGCGUCGAAGACAAAGCUCCUCCAUCCAAGAAGCGAAAGAUAGUCGAGGCCCCCGCCGACCCUGUCCCCGCAGUCGACGACGGCGAGGAAGAUGGGGAGGAAGAGGAGUUCGAUGAGGAGGCUGAGGGCGAAGGCGAAGAAGAAGAAGAUGGCUUUGAUGAUGAGGGCGAGCCCGAAGAAGAGGGCGCCGAUGAGUCUAUCAAGGUGAAGGUCGCAGCCCCUGUCGCCGAGGAGAAGAUAGCCGACGAGGUCAUUGCUAGUGGCCUCGGCGGCGACGAUGAGGAGUGACGCAUCACACAACAUUUCUCCUUCAUCUUGUCAACUUCCUUCUAGCUCCAACACACUAUCAAUCUUCGCCGUGCGUAGAGGUCUAUGCCGUCUUACCCAUGAUUUGCUCCUCCUUGGUGGAAUUUCCUAUACCGUCAUCUACACCCAUUGAUUCUGCUUCAAGAACAUAGAGCUAUCGUUUCCCAGAUAGUGUGUUGGCGACGGCAAACGGACGGGUAUAAAAGGGGACGCCGCUAGAU